UGCCAUGAGAGGAAGAUCUUUUCCUUUUUCAUUGAGUAAGCAAGCUUUCAAUAGAACUAUUUUUUGGGGGGAAUUAUAGUAGUUCCCUUAGAUGUGAGCGCUGUGAACGGUUUUGCUUUUCAUGCAAUUUGAGUGCGUUUGCAUCCCGAUUUCACUGAACUCUCACGUAUUCGGGCGUUACGUAUAUGUUUUUCGGGCAAGGAAGUCACAGCGCCCCCCNCCCCCUUCCCCGCCCAAGUCCGUAGGUGCCCGUACGCUUAUGCCCGUCUUUGCCGCCCUCCCAAAUGCAUGAAAUCGCAUCUUUGGUAACCUACAAUGUCAAAAUUUUUCAGGGGGCAUGCCCUCGGACCUCCCUAGGUUGGCUUGGCCCUUCGGGCCUCGCUUGCAUUUACGCCGCCAGUUAUGCUUUAUUGGAUGCCUGUGAAAACUUCUGCUAAGAGCCCUGAUCAGAUAUCGGGAUCCAGACUAGCAAAAGACACGGACCAAGAGACUGCACCAUAUGGAGGGUUCAUUAUACUGUAAGUAAAUCAUAGUUAGAAUAAUUUCAUGUCGCCGUUUAAGGUCUUAAAAGCACUAAACAUACAACGUCGAAAGUUGGAUGUGUGUGGGAAGGCAUGGGACAGGGAGGGGGGGUAUCACGACAUUUAUCAAUAGCUAUGAGGGGGGAUCACUUCAAUGAAAUAGCAUUAAAAGGGGGGAUCAGUUAAAUGUUACUGUCUUUAGCCGAAACUCUUCCGACCCCCCUGCAGGUGAUAAAUAAUGACCGGUCCCUUCGCCUCGUUAAGCCUCUAUGUUGUUAGGGUAAGGCUGUUUAGGAGUUGUUCGACGUUCACCAAAAACGUUACCUAUCAAAACAGUUGCUCAAAGUUGCGCUAUUUUUCAAACUUGCAUAUUUAUUUAAAAUCUAUCUCUGAAACCAUUUGUUAUUAUUUGUUGCAAAGCCUGGUAGUUCGCAGUCAUUACCAAGAACGUUAAAUUUUGCUCUCUUGUCCAUGCUCCCCCGCCGAGAAAAACCACAACUGUUGCGGAACCUGGGCCCAAAUUACCAAAUCUACUCAGGCUUGAGGCGCCAUUUUUGAAGAAACCUUCAUAGAACGCUUCUUCCCUCAUUUGAAACUCCAUUUUGCAGCAAGAUGAUGUAAACCAGUGUGAUUAUAUCUGUUGCGUUACCUAUUACUGGAUGGAAACCGAUCCAGAUUACGAGUUUGAAGCUCCAAAAUGGUUCGACUUUACAACAGAUUUCGAGGAUGAACUCAACGACGAUUCGAACCAAAAUGAUUCAUGGUUUGAGAGAGCUCACCCACUGCAUGAACCAAGAGAUCCGUCAUUUCACGAUGGAACCACUAAACCACUGCUUACCACUACAACCCAAGUCACCAAAACUGCACCUUCAAGCUCAAAGCCACAGGCCAACAAAGCAAAGAAGAACUACAGCAGCAAAAAGUCAUUAGGGAUCAAGUCAAUCCGAACUCGACGAGGACAGCAUGAUUGUGCAAACAACAGGGAGAGCAGUGGAAUGGGGCUGAAAAAUGGGAAGUCUAACAAAGCUGAGAGACAGACUUGUGUCAAAGAUGGGAAAAAAGAUUCACAAGGAAGCAAUACAGACGAUGGAGACACCCCUGAUGAGAUUAGACACAAAAAGAAAUGCAGUUUUACACCACCAUGGACAAACUUGCCAGGGUCUCUCAACAAGACAGGAGGAGCAUCACAUGUAAACAAGAGAGAAGGAAGUGACAGCUGCUUGAGCAAUGCUGCUGUCUUUUCACCACAGCGUGUGGCUGGUUAUCAGUCUCCACUAUCUCCUGCACGGGUUCGAAGUCUGAAGUCCUCUUUGGGAUCGCCCUUGUCGCCUAAAAGCUCAUUACUGUCAAAGGCUACGAGUGGAAGUUACAACCAAGCUGGUCAGUAUGGGAGGAAGAGGAGGCUUCUUCCAGCCAUCCCUGAUCUGAAACAAAAUCCGGUUGGUACCUCAACUGUUUCUUCUACCCCCAGUCGGUUGCCUUGUCAAUUAAAAAGUGAAACAGAUACAUGCAACCUAAGUGAUGAUCAAAUGGAGGUAGACUACAAUGAGGCAACUUGUGGUGUUUCCAGCAAGUCGUUACGAGCAACAGAGACUCAGGCUAUGGAUUCAAUAGCAACUCAAGAACAACAUAACAAUCACUUUAGAAGAGAAGAUAAGCAAAGACCUCUUGGGCUUGAAGCCAUACCGGAAAACUCUAAUAGCAAAGGGAAACCUAACUGGGCUUUUGCAUCAACAGAGAUUGAAAGGCAAAGGACCUUGAGGAGUGAAACAGAGACGCCCUCCAAUGACACAAGCCUGGAGGCAUUGCUAAAGCAGCACAACAAGAAGAUUGCUGCUGCAAGGAGCCAGUAUGAUGAAAAUGGACGCAAAAUCAGAACUGCAGAGCCCAACUUUUGCCCUGCUCCUUCACACAAGCAGUCAUCUUCAUCUGCUUGUAAAAGAUCAACAUCAUCACUGGAGAAGCCCACAAUCGCUGCAAAGCAAAAGCGUCGCUCAUGUGUUGCUCAUUUCACACAAAGUGAAAUGACAAAAUCAAAGACUCAAUUGAAUAACUCAUCUCUUACAAAUAACAAAGGCAAGGAUGCCGUCAAUAAACAAACAGUGAAACAAAAGCGUCGCUCUUGUGCAGGUGCCCUUCAGCAUAGUGGACAAGUAAGCAAUGCUGACAAAGAGUUACGAGAUUUAAUUGCUCAACAUAAUUCCAGAGUCAAUGCUAAAAAAACCUGACAUCUUAAAAGUUAUCCAGUUUAUAAAAUAUAUAAAUUUAUUAAUUAAUAUAUGAACAUAUAGUAUCAUGUUACUAUUAAGUAACAAUGAUUGUUGUUGCAUAUAAAAAGCAUAUUAAUCUAGUUAUUCCUUUGUUAAAAGAGGGAACUUGCUACAAAGCCUGGUAAACAGAGCAAACAAAGAUGCCAAGAAUUGUGUUGGAAGGCCCAUAGACCCUAUUCAAAAAUGGCUGCCAAUUUAAAAUUAGUUGAGCUAAUUUUAAUACCUACAUGUACAAAAUGAUUUUUUAUUGGCAAUCAUUUAUGAAUAGGGUCUAUGUCUGGGCACAACUUCUUGUUUUGCACUCAUACAUGGAUCAAGUGUUAUGUAACCAAAACGGAACUUCUAUUGGUUAGUUCCUCUGACAGAAGAGCCUACAGCAUUCUGUUCACAGUCAAGGCCAAAAAACAAGUAAACAAAAGUAUACAGCAAAGAACCAUGUCAGGCUUCGUAACCAUUUCCCUCUUAAUUAAGCUAUUAAGUGUGGUUAAAUGUGGUCUCUGUUAAGUUUCAUGUAGCAUUGGAUGGAGUAGACUUGUGAGACUGUGUAUACAAGACAGUGUAAUUUAAUUCCUGUAUAUACAUGUACAUUUGUAUAUAUACAUUGUAUCCAUCAGUAGACUACCAAAUCAUAGAUGCACAGCACUUAGUUUAUACAUAUACUAUUAAAAACAAUUAUUAUAAGAACUGUUAAUGUUAAGUAACAAUCUACUAGGAGAGCCCUUGGCAGCCCCAUUAUUGAAGAGCCAUUCCCUCUGCUGCUUUGAAGUACAUUAACUAAUUUUUAUCUCUGGAUUGACUUUUGUCUGAAAUUUUGUUGUGGUCAUAUGUGAACAUUGGCUGUCUGAAUACCGAGUGGUACACAUGUAGUCUUUUAAACUGAGGCACCACUUGGCUUAGCCUCCCACACAGAUGCUCUUAUUGACUCAAGGACUCGUCACAUGUUCCUUCCUCACACUGAGCCCUAAUAGCAUCUUUGUAGGAGGUUGCACUUGACUCAGGGUUGGUACGGGUACUAGAAAACCUGGAAAGUUCUGGAAAGUCCUUUUUUCAGGACUGGAAAGUCCUGGAAAAA